AUGUAUAAAUGUGUACUAUUUUGAGUACUUAUUUAUAGAAACGUUUGCAUAAAACGUGUGAAUAAAAUCGGAUUACUUGUUUUCUAUUAUUUGUUUGUUCUAAAAGAUUGGAAUAAGUUAAACUAAAUAAAACUGUUGUUCAGUCUGGAUUAGUUACACGAGUUCGUAAAAAGAGACCAUAGAUUCAAAAAGAACGCUUUUUGGCUGAGUCUGUCCAAAAUACGUAGAUGGGGACGUAACCUGACAUUCAGUAGAACAAGACGCUUCAUAAAAGGAAUGUUCCCGACGGUGAGGGGUUUCGUACUUCAUGGAAUAACGUCAGCAAAAUGUACGAACAGAAUGGGUUCUAGUACGGGAUUUAUACUGGCAAGAAUGGUGCUUGCUGUGUUGUUACUGUUGCCCCAUGAUGUUGCGGACGCUGCAAACACUGCAAACACAUCUUCUACUAAUUCUUCAAUAACUACCGGCUCGACAUCCACUAACACUGCUUCUACUAACGCACUUACAAAAAAAGAUGGUGUUGGAUCUUCAUCGUCGUCACUUGACACAACUUUAAUGUCAACAGCUACUUCUAGCUUAAAUGUUUCCUUUUCAGUACAUAACAUAAAAUCUACUGACACUGAUGAUAAAAGUUUAGUAUCUGCCACUGCAUUCACAAUUACGACGGAAAGUGAAGCAUCCAGCAAAAAAAAUACCGUAAAUCAUGGAAGUACAGCAUCAAAAAUUGUAACCGAUUCUAUUUCAGACAAAGAAAACUCUAGUAUUAAAACAUAUAUUACUCCUACCCAACGAAGUAAAACUUCAAAUUGGGUUUCUUUAGAAAGUCUAAAUUCUAGUAAUACAUCUAAUAUAACUCCGGAUAUUAAAGCAGAUAUCACUACAAACAAUUUAAGUACAGACAGUGCAUCAUCAAGUACAAUAUCCAUAACAACUCCAGACACUACAUCUAACAUUACAAAAAAUACCGCACCCUUGACAACCAAAUCUAGCACCGGUGCCGAUAUUUCCACACUAAGUUCAACAUCUAGCACUCUAACCGAUGUUUCAUCCGGCAGCAAAACUUCUGGCACUACAAGUAGCCUUGGUUCAGAACCUAGUACAGUGCAUGUCAGUACAAUAUCUAUAACAACUCCAGGCACAACGUCUAACAUUACAAAAUAUACCACACCCUUGACAACCGAAUCUAGCACUGAUGCCGAUAUUUCUACACUAAGUUCAACAUCUAGCACACCAACAGAUGUUGCAUCCGGCAGCAAAACUUCUUUCACUACAAGUAGCCUUGGUUCAGAACCCAGUACAGUGCCUGUCACUGUAGACAAACAAACUUCAGGCAAUGUUGCCUCUAGUACAGUAUCUUCCUUAACGGAAGGAAGUACAACAUCUAGGACUAUUACCGAGGUUACUUCAGGCACAACAGGCUCUAGCACAACAACUAAUAUAACUCCAGGCAAUAAAGAAAAUAUAACGAUAAGCAAUGUAGGUACAGACAGUACAUCAUCAAGUACAUCAUCCAUAUCAACUCCAGGAACAAAGACAUCAAACAUUACAAAGGACGCUGUGAGUACAGAAUCCAGCACUGUUGCCGAUAUUUCUACACAAAGUUCUGCAUCUAGCCCAACAAACAAGGGUACUCCUGGCAGCAAACUAUCUGGCACUACAACCAAUCUUGGUACAGAAUACAGUACAGUGUCUGCCACUCUUGCAAAACAUACUACGGAGAGUGCUGCCUCGAGUACAUUUUCUACUUUGACUAAAGGAAGUACAACAUCUAGAACAACAACCGAGGUUACUUCAAGCAUUACAAACCCAAGCACUGCAACUAAUAUAAAUCAAUAUAUUACAGCAAAUAUCACUACAAAUGAUGUAAGUACAGACAGUGCAUCAUCAAGUACAAUAUCUAUAACAACUCCAGGCACAACGUCUAACAUUACAAAAUAUACCACACCCUUGACAACCGAAUCUAGCACUGAUGCCGAUAUUUCUACACUAAGUUCAACAUCUAGCACACCAACAGAUGUUGCAUCCGGCAGCAAAACUUCUUUCACUACAAGUAGCCUUGGUUCAGAACCCAGUACAGUGCCUGUCACUGUAGACAAACAAACUUCAGGCAAUGUUGCCUCUAGUACAGUAUCUUCCUUAACGGAAGGAAGUACAACAUCUAGGACUAUUACCGAGGUUACUUCAGGCACAACAGGCUCUAGCACAACAACUAAUAUAACUCCAGGCAAUAAAGAAAAUAUAACGAUAAGCAAUGUAGGUACAGACAGUACAUCAUCAAGUACAUCAUCCAUAUCAACUCCAGGAACAAAGACAUCAAACAUUACAAAGGACGCUGUGAGUACAGAACCCAGCACUGUCGCCGAUAUUUCUACACAAAGUUCUGCAUCUAGCCCAACAAGCAAGGGUACUCCUGGCAGCAAACUAUCUGGCACUACAACCAAUCUUGGUACAGAAUACAGUACAGUGUCUGCCACCCUUGCAAAACAUACUACGGAGAGUGCUGCCUCGAGUACAUUUUCUACUUUGCCUAAAGGAAGUACAACAUCUAGAACAACAACCGAAAUUACUUCAAGCAUUACAAACCCAAGCACUGCAACUAAUUUAAAUCAAUAUAUUUCAGCAAAUAUCACUACAAAUGAUGUAAGUACAGACAGUGCAUCAUCAAGUACAAUAUCUAUAAAAACUCCAGACACAACGUCUAACAUUACAAAAUAUACCACACCCUUGACAACCGAAUCUAGCACAGAUGCCGAUAUUUCUACACUAAGUUCAACAUCUAGCACACCAACAGAUUUUGCAUCCGGCAGCAAAACUUCUUUCACUACAAGUAGCCUUGGUUCAAAGCCCAGUACAGUGCCUGUCACUGUAGACAAACAAACUUCAGACAAUAUUGCCUCUAGUACAGUAUCUUCCUUAACGGAAGGAAGUACAACAUCUAGGACUAUUACCGAUGUUACUUCAGGCACAACAGCAUCUAGCACAACAACUAAUAUAACUCCAGGCAAUAAAGAAAAUAUAACGAUAAGCAAUGUAGGUACAGACAGUACAUCAUCAAGUACAUCAUCCAUAUCAACACCAGGAACAAAGACAUCAAACAUUACAAAGGACGCUGUCAGUACAGAAUCCAGCACUGUUGCCGAUAUUUCUACACAAAGUUCUGCAUCUAGUCCAACAAGCAAGGGUACUCCUGGCAGCAAACUUUCUGGCACUACAACCAAUCUUGGUACAGAAUACAGUACAGUGUCUGCCACUCUUGCAAAACAUACUACGGAGAGUGCUGCCUCGAGUACAUUUUCUACUUUGACUAAAGGAAGUACAACAUCUAGAACAACAACCGAGGUUACUUCAAGCAUUACAAACCCAAGCACUGCAACUAAUAUAAAUCAAUAUAUUACAGCAAAUAUCACUACAAAUGAUGUAAGUACAGACAGUGCAUCAUCAAGUACAAUAUCUAUAACAACUCCAGACACAACGUCUAACAUUACAAAAUAUACCACACCCUUGACAACCGAAUCUAGCACUGAUGCCGAUAUUUCUACACUAAGUUCAACAUCUAGCACACCAACAGAUGUUGCAUCCGGCAGCAAAACUUCUUUCACUACAAGUAGCCUUGGUUCAGAACCCAGUACAGUGCCUGUCACCGUAAACAAACAAACUUCAGGCAAUGUUGCCUCUAGUACAGUAUCUUCCUUAACGGAAGGAAGUACAACAUUUAGGACUAUUACCGAUGUUACUUCAGGCACAACAGGCUCUAGCACAACAACUAAUAUAACUCCAGGCAAUAAAGAAAAUAUAACGAUAAGCAAUGUAGGUACAGACAGUACAUCAUCAAGUACAUCAUCCAUAUCAACUCCAGGAACAAAGACAUCAAACAUUACAAAGGACGCUGUGAGUACAGAAUCCAGCACUGUUGCCGAUAUUUCUACACAAAGUUCUGCAUCUAGCCCAACAAGCAAGGGUACUCCUGGCAGCAAACUAUCUGGCACUACAACCAAUCUUGGUACAGAAUACAGUACAGCGUCUGCCACUCUUGCAAAACAUACUACGGAGAGUGCUGCCUCGAGUACAUUUUCUACUUUGACUAAAGGAAGUACAACAUCUAGAACAACAACCGAGGUUGCUUCAAGCAUGACAAACCCAAACACAGCAACUAAUAUAAAUCAAUACAUUACAGCAAAUAUCACUACAAAUGAUGUAAGUACAGACAGUGCAUCAUCAAGUACAAUAUCUAUAACAAGUCCAGGCACAACGUCUAACAUUACAAAAUAUACCACACCCUUGACAACCGAAUCUAGCACUGAUGCCGAUAUUUCUACACUAAGUUCAACAUCUAGCACACCAACAGAUGUUGCAUCCGGCAGCAAAACUUCUUUCACUACAAGUAGCCUUGGUUCAGAGCCAAGUACAGUGCCUGUCACUGUAGACAAACAAACUUCAGGCAAUGUUACCUCUAGUACAGUAUCUUCCUUAACGGAAGGAAGUACAACAUCUAGGACUAUUACCGAGGUUACUUCAGGCACAACAGGCUCUAGCACAACAACUAAUAUAACUCAAGGCAAUAAAGAAAAUAUAACGAUAAGCAAUGUAGGUACAGACAGUACAUCACCAAGUACAUCAUCCAUAUCAACUCCAGGAACAAAGACAUCAAACAUUACAAAGGACGCUGUGAGUACAGAAUCCAGCACUGUUGCCGAUAUUUCUACACAAAGUUCUGCAUCUAGCCCAACAAGCAAGGGUACUCCUGGCAGCAAACUAUCUGGCACUACAACCAAUCUUGGUACAGAAUACAGUACAGUGUCUGCCACCCUUGCAAAACAUACUACGGAGAGUGCUGCCUCGAGUACAUUUUCUACUUUGACUAAAGGAAGUACAACAUCUAGAACAACAACCGAGGUUACUUCAAGCAUUACAAACCCAAGCACUGCAACUAAUAUAAAUCAAUAUAUUUCAGCAAAUAUCACUACAAAUGAUGUAAGUACAGACAGUGCAUCAUCAAGUACAAUAUCUAGAACAACUCCAGGCACAACGUCUAACAUUACAAAAUAUACCACACCCUUGACAACCGAAUCUAGCACUGAUGCCGAUAUUUCUACACUAAGUUCAACAUCUAGCACACCAACAGAUGUUGCAUCCGGCAGCAAAACUUCUUUCACUACAAGUAGCCUUGGUUCAGAACCCAGUACAGUGCCUGUCACUGUAGACAAACAAACUUCAGGCAAUGUUGCCUCUAGUACAGGAUCUUCCUUAACGGAAGGAAGUACAACAUCUAGGACUAUUACCGAGGUUACUUCAGGCACAACAGGCUCUAGCACAACAACUAAUAUAACUCCAGGCAAUAAAGAAAAUAUAACGAUAAGCAAUGUAGGUACAGACAGUACAUCAUCAAGUACAUCGUCCAUAUCAACUCCAGGAACAAAGACAUCAAACAUUACAAAGGACGCUGUGAGUACCGAAUCCAGCACUGUUGCCGAUAUUUCUACACAAAGUUCUGCAUCUAGCCCAACAAACGAGAGUACUCCUGGCAGCAAGCUAUCUGGCACUACAACCAAUAUUGGUACAGAAUACAGUACAGUGUCUGCCACUCUUGCAAAACAUACUACGGAGAGUGCUGCCUCGAACAAAUUUUCUUCUUUGACUAAAGGAAGUACAGCAUCUAGAACAAUUACCGAGGUUACUUCAAGCAUUAAAAACCCAAGCACUGCAACUAAUAUAAAUCAAUAUAUUACAGCAAAUAUCACUACAAAUGAUGUAAGUACAGACAGCGCAACAUCAAGUACAAUAUCUAUAACAAGUCCAGGCACAAUGCCUAACAUUACAAAAUAUACCACACCCUUGACAACCGAAUCUAGCACUGAUGCCGAUAUUUCUACACUAAGUUCAACAUCUAGCACACCAACAGAUGUUGCAUCCGGCAGCAAAACAUCUUUCACUACAAGUAGCCUUGGUUCAGAACCCAGUACAUUGCCUGUCACUGUAGACAAACAAACUUCAGGCAAUGUUGCCUCUAGUACAGGAUCUUCCUUAACGGAAGGAAGUACAACAUCUAGGACUAUUACCGAGGUUACUUCAGGCACAACAGGCUCUAGCACAACAAUUAAUAUAACUACAGGCAAUAAAGAAAAUAUAACGAUAAGCAAUGUAGGUACAGACAGUACAUCAUCAAGUACAUCAUCCAUAUCAACUAUAGGAACAGAGACAUCAAACAUUACAAAGGAAGCUGUGAGUACAGAAUCCAGCACUGUUGCCGAUAUUUCUACACGAAGUUCUGCAUCUAGCCCAACAAACAACGGUACUCCUGGCAGCAAACUAUCUGGCACUACAACCAAUCUUGGUACAGAAUACAGUACAGUGUCUGCCACUCUUGCAAAACAUACUACGGAGAGUGCUGCCUCGAGCACAUUUUCUACUGUGACUAAAGGAAGUACAACAUCUAGAACAAUAACCGAGGUUACUUCAAACAUAACACACCCAAGUACUGCAACUAAUAUUACUCCAGAUAUCACAGCAAAUAUCACUACAAACAAUGUUAGUACAGGCAGUAUAUCAUCAAUUUCAAUAUCCACAACCUUUAUCUUUACAACCAAUAUCACACCAAGACGUUCAACUAGCACUUUGCAAUCUUCAUCAUUUACGAAGGACACAUCUAACAGUACAGGAAGUACGGUAGCGACCAGCGUAUAUGCUUCUAUAUCUACGACACAUACUUCUGGAAAUCAAGCUUCUGCUAUUUCAAACAUCGUUUCAGCUCAACAGACAGGAGUUCAAGCAACAGUUUCACCAACAUCGGUCAUGUCAACAGCGAUAUCCGAAACAGGAACAACAGUUACACCAUCAAUAAUGAUAAUUACAACGGAAACAUCAUCUCACAUUUCCCCAUCAUCUACAUUAGAGCUGACUGCUACAACAACAACAACACGAACUACAACAGGCUCCCCAUCCACAAUGUUGACUGAAUUGUCUAAAACAACAGCAUUAAUGUCAGCUGAAGCGACCACUACGACAACGACAACAACAACCCCAACAAUAACACAUUUUUCAACAGAAUUGCAAACCACAAUGACAUCUUCUCAAAAUAAUUCGUCCGUGCUACCUUCGACAAGAUCAUCCCAAGCACAGACUGAUUCAAGUUCAUUAACUCCUUCUGUUUCGGCAUCAGUCACAGUGCUGUCUGCAACAACAACUACAACAAGAACAACAACAGGUUCUCCAUCAACAUUAAUUACAAAACUAUCUCCUACGGCAGCAAUGUCUUCAACCGAAUCUUUUACAACAACAAUAGUGUCAACCGAAUCAAAACAAACAAUGUCAUAUGAAACAUCAAUUACUGUGAUAACCGGAUCAAUAGCAACAAACACAGUAUCGCUUACACCAACAUUACAGCCUUCAACAUCAUCGCAAUUACAUUCGUCUUCAAAAUUUAUCACUGAAACCACCACUGCCUUGCCUUCGCCAUCAUCACUUCAGACUUCUGUUUCAUCUAGUUUUUCAUUAACAACAACGAUUGUGACAUCGUCAAUACCAAUAGCAACAGUGACUAGUUCAUCUAUUACAUUAACUGCGAAAUCAAAAGAAACACAGUCAACUUUACCUUCAUUCACAAAUGUAUUGUCUUCGUCUUCAUCUCUUUCUUUUUCGGAUGUGUCUACUUCGCCGUCCUUUAAAACCACGAUAGUGUCACAAUCAACAUCAAUCACAAAGCUGGAUAGUUCUUCUAUCACAAAGGCAUAUACAGAUACAUUGUCAACUUUACCUUUAUCUACAUCGGUGUUGCCUUCGUCCUCAUCUCCCGAUUUGUCUUCUACCUUUACAACAACUAUUACGCCAUCGUCAUUAUCAGAAGCAAGCGUGACUACUUCGGCUAUUCAUGUGACAUCUACAGAUACACAGUCAUUGCCUUUGUCAUCAUCGACAGUGCCUCCGUUUUCUUCAAGUUCCCAAUCAAAAGAAAUGUCAACAUCAACAAUAAUGCUGUCAACGUUAUCGCCAUCAUCUAAACGAGGGGAGUCUAGUUCUUUUUCCGUGUCGACUAAACAUAAACAGUCAACAAUCUCUUUAACAACAACAUUUUUACCUUCGUCAUCAAAGAUUAUAUCUUCCGAUUCUUCAAGUUCUGAGAGAGAAUCCGUUACAGCAACAAUAAUUUCAACAUCGUCAUCAGAGAUUGUCGUGUCUAGUUCUGCCAUUCCGAUAUCCAAAAGUACAAAAUCAACUUUACCUCCAUCAAUGACUUCCUUAUCGACACAAAUAUUCACUUCUUCAGUCGAUAUAAGCUCCUCGUCAGGUGACUCGACAUUCUCAAAGAUGCCUACAACAAUUACUAUACCAUCGACAUCUCUAUUACAUUCAAGUUCCGUUUCGUCAGUGAAAUUUGAUAGCACAAAUAGUAAGUCAUCACAGCUUCAUUCAACAGUUACAACAUCUGAUAUGUCAUCCCAAAUACAGACUGCUGCGACUACAUUCAGUGUUUCCAUCUCACCGACAUCAGCCACCCUGUCGCCUACUAUGUCACCAACAAUAUCUCGACCGAAAUCAACUUCUAGUGUUGAAAAUCUGUCAACAGUGCAUUCGACUACAGUUAUUACGCCUUCGUCGUCACAAGUAAAGACUAAUGACUCAGUCUCGACAAGCAAAAUGUCAUCAAGCAUACCUCUUUCUACAGUAAUAUUACCGUCUACAGUCAGUUCAUUACAAACAACAGAAAUAUUAUCAACAGUGCCUCUGACAACUGAAUCGACAAUUGCAGCAAAAUCGAGUUCCUCUGUCAAGCUUGCGUCGCCUACAGCAUCGUCGUCAUCUAAGAUUGUCGUGUCUAGUUCUCCUAUUCCCGUGACGACCAAACAUGAACAGUCAACCAUCCCUUUAACAACAACAUUAUUGUCUUCGUCAUCAAUGAUCUUAUCUUCCGAUUCUUCAAGUUCUCCGAAAGAAUCCCUUACAGAAACAAUUAUUUCAACAUCGGCAUCAGUUACAACAUCUGAUAUGUCAUCCCAAAUACAGACUGCUGCGACUACAUUCAGUAUUUCCAUCUCACCUACAUCAGCCACGCUGUUGCCAACUAUAUCACCAACAAUAUCUCGACCGAAAUCAACUUCAAGUGUUGAAAAUCUGUCAACAGUGCAUUCGACUACAGUUAUUACGCCUUCGUCGUCACAAGUAAAGACUAAUGACUCAGUCUCGACAAGCAAAAUGUCAUCAAGCAUACCUCUUUCUACAGUAAUAUUACCGUCUACAGUCAGUUCAUUACAAACAACAGAAAUAUUAUCAACAGUGCCUCUGACAACUGAAUCGACAAUUGCAGCAAAAUCGAGUUCGUCUGUCAAUCUUGCGUCACCUACAGCAUCGUCGUCAUCAAAGAUUGUCGUGUCUAGUUCUUCUAUUCCCGUGACGACCAAACAUGAACAGUCAACCAUCCCUUUAACAACAACAUUAUUGUCUUCGUCAUCAAUGAUCUUAUCUUCCGAUUCUUCAAGUUCUCCAAAAGAAUCCCUUACAGAAACAAUAAUUUCAACAUCGUCAUCAGUUACAACAUCUGAUAUGUCAUCCCAAAUACAGACUGAUGCGACUACAUUCAGUAUUUCCAUCUCACCUACAUCAGCCACGCUGUUGCCAACUAUAUCACCAACAAUAUCUCGACCGAAAUCAACAUCUAGUGUUGAAAAUCUGUCAACAGUGCAUCCGACUACAGUUAUUACGCCUUCGUCGUCACAAGUAAAAACUAAUGACUCGGUUUUGAAAAGCGAAAUAACAUCAAGCAUAUCUCUUUCUUCGGUAAUAAUACCGUCCACAGACAGUUCAUUAAAAACAACUGGAAUAUUAUCGACAGUGCCUCUGACUACUGAAUCUACAAUUGUAGCAACGUCAAGUUCCUCUAUAAAACUAGCAUCUCCUACAUCAUCGACCCCAUUUUUUACUGCCUCAAGCUUUCCAGUCACGUCAACAGUGUCAUCUUUAUCCGUGAUAGCACCUUCGUCAUCAGUCGUAACUACAACAUCAAUAACAACGGAACAGCCAACAACAAAUGCCACAGUACCCAAUACACGAGCAGCACCACCUUUAACAUCGACAACAUCAAGCACUGGAAAGUCGUCCACAACGACGUCAAAACCACCAAGUUUCUCAACCACAGUCAUAGAAUAUGGUUCUGUCAACAACGACCGAGCUAUUGAAGUUACUGGAAAUGACGAUUUCUACGGUCCUAUUGACACGCCAAUUGGAUUUGCAUGCGGAUGUGAAUGGUCAAGGCAGCUUCAUAUUUCAGUCAAUGGCUUUGUCAUACUUGGAUCUAGAUGGGGUUCAGCCCCUCCACGGCCGCCUAAAAUACCCGUUGAUCCAACUGAUACAAGUGGAAUACGACCCCAUAUCAUUGCACCAUUCUGGACGGACCUCAAGUUCAAAACAAAUGUUUCAAAUGUUUGGUAUCAGACCUACUACACGUAUGCUCCGAGUGGAAGUGGUUGGAACAAUAACCUAUCUUUGAUACAGAAUUUUAAGAGUGAAAGUAAAGGUCUAGAUGGAUUUGAACCACUUCAGGCAGUAGUAAUUACUUGGGAGAAAAUGGUCCCUAUAGAUGUGAAUGAGACUUCAUCUAAUGAGUUUAUGACAUUCCAAUUGGUUAUAAUGACAGAUGGGCAGAAUAACUAUGCAGUCUUUAAUUACGGAGAGAAUAAUUGGAAUACAGAAAAUCUUGUUAAAAGGCCUGCUUCAAUGUCAUGGCAAUGUAGCCAGAGAUCCUACGAAAAUUCACUAUCUUUAUCAAAAAAUAUUUACAGUGAGGCUUUCCAAAGUACCAAUAUAGAAAACAGCAGUAAAGAUACUAAAGGAAGAUGGCUAUUUAAAAUGGAUUAUUGCCCUUCAUCCCAUAUAAAUUAUCGUAACAAAUGUUACAGUUGGAGUUUUGAUGAGACGAAUACCACAGGGCUCAAUGCUAACAUGUCUCAAAUAAAUGAGUUAACACCAAAUUGCCCAUGCAAUGCAAAAAGUGCAUUAGAAGAUAAAAGAUUUGAGCCAGUCUCAAUUGGCUUCGGCUUGUGCUACUCAACUAGUUUCCCAAGCUUAGAUGAUAAAGGCAUUCGAUUAUGUUGCUAUGACAAAUCUGCUGCACAAAGUUUGUUGACUACAAUACCUGGAGCUGGUUUCCUCAGUCACUAUAGCCCACUAAGAGCUACCAUAGAUUACCAGAAACAUGACAUGGAACCAUAUAUUUGGUGUUGUGAGCAGAGUGACUUAUGUGAACUAUUUACUGCAUUAAGACCAAUAGACGACUGUACAAACUACAAAAGUCCUACCCCAGGUUUUAUGUUUGGUGAUCCACAUAUCAGAACACUUGAUGGCGCAGAGUAUGCAUUUAACGGACAUGGGGAAUAUACAUUGCUGAGGAUAUAUGACAGCACCAGUGGAGAAGUUGUGUUUGAAUUGCAGGGUCGCACAGAACCAAUCAACUCUACAGUAACUAAUGAAAGGAUAAAUGCAACAGUUUUUACAGCUUUUUCGGCAGAGGAUAAAAUCAGCGGUGGUUAUUUUCAUGUGGAGGAAAACAUUGCAAAAGAUGGAUUUAUUCUAUACAGUUAUAAAUCAUCAGAGGCGGUGGAUCACACACUAGAUUUUCUUGGAAAUAUUUCUAAUACUGUUCACAAAGACAUUAUUAUACGCAAAAUAUCUGAUACAAGUUUAGAUGCUGUUUUUUCUAAUGGUAUAACUGUAAAUGUAAGAAUAUCACUUGAGCUGCUUGAUGCAUCAUUGACCAUACCACAAACAUUCCGAACAAAUCACAGAAUGGCUGGUCUGUUUGGAAACGAUGAUGACAACCAAGUGAAUGAUUUCGUAUUUCCUAAUGGAACGUUAUUACCAUUCAACAGUACAGAGAAAGAGAUUUAUGCCUAUGGAGAAACGUGGAGGACAACAUCUACAUCAAGUUUAUUCCAGUAUAGGGCAGGUUUCCAGCAUUCAGACUACCAGUUUCCAGAUUUCCAGCCCCUAUUUCUAGAAGACUAUACUGAUAAACAACGUGCUGAUGCAGCCACCUUGUGCGGAUUAGGAAACAAUAUUGCCUGUGUUUAUGAUUACCUAGCAACACAAGAUGAAAACAUUGCAGUACAGACAAAGAAUGUCACAGAUGAGGCGGAGAUUAUCUCAAUCAUAGCCAAAAAUUCUGCCCCAACUGUGAGGUUUGAGCUGCAGAAGAUUAAUGCCAAGGUGAAGGACACUGUAUUGAUCAAUGUGAGGGUGGAUGACCUUGACCUAGAGAAUGUGACAUUGUAUUUCUAUGGUCCGCAGAAUGACACACAAAUAGGAGCUAACUUCACUUACACCUACCCCUGGACAAUUGAAAAUAUGCAACCAGUCAACAUCAGUGUUUAUGCAGAUGACAGUAAAGUAUCGUCCUCCCAGUUAAGAUUGCCUGUCUCUAUAUGUAGUGGUUGUAGUGACCAUGGAGACUGUGUUUAUGGUGGUGCCAUAGCAACUUGUAACUGCUACACUGGCUGGGAAGGCGUUGAUUGUGCCAGAGACAUAGAUGAAUGCCAAUCAAAACCUUGUGCUGGAAAUGCUAAUUGUACCGAUUUCACACCGGAACAGAAAAUACAAAAUGGCAUUGGAUAUGAUUGCAUGUGCUUGGAGGGGUUUACCAAACUUAAUGGCAAAUGCAUAGAUAUUGAUGAAUGUACACUAGAUUCACCACCAUGUGAUCAGAAAUGUGAAAAUACAGAAGGGUCUUAUAUAUGUUCCUGUAACUCCGGUUAUAGGCUUACAUCACAAAACAAGUGUCAAGAUAUAAAUGAAUGUGCUAUGAAAACCAGCCAGUGUCAACAUAUAUGUGUCAACCAACUGGGCAGCUAUAAAUGUGAAUGUCACAAUAACUACACACUACAGAAUGAUGGAAAAUCUUGUAAAAUUGAAGAAACAUUGAGACAACUAUGUAAAGAGAAGGGCUGUGAGGAUUGUGAAAGGGAUGGAGAUUCUGAAGUAAAAUGUUUCUGUAGGAUGGGUUAUGUCCUAGCUAGUGAUGGCCAAACUUGUCAAGACAUGGAUGAAUGUGAAACAUCAACAUGCUCUCAGAACUGUACAAAUAGUGUUGGAUCUUAUAAAUGCAGCUGUUUUGAUGGAUACCAAUUGUCCAGUGAUACACACAGUUGUAUACCUUGUGAGAGUGGAAAAUGGGGACCAGGAUGUCAGAACAAUUGUAACUGUGUCUAUGCAACCAGAUGUGACAAAUCAUUUGGCUGUGUUUGCCAGCCUGGCUGGACAGGGACACUUUGCGAUGUGGAUGUUAACGAGUGCGGGGUCAAUGCAUGCACUUUAUUCCAGGACUGCUCUAACACUCCAGGCUCAUACUCUUGUCAAUGUAAAAAUGGCUACACAGAAAAUACCAACAAAUCCUGCUCUAAUAUUGAUGAGUGUUUGCCAGGGGGAGAUAACACUUGUAAUACGGAAACGGAAGAAUGUAUUGAUGUCUCGCCUGGGUUUAUUUGUAAGUGUCGCAGUGGUUAUAUCCAGAAAAACUCAGUUUGUGAAGACAUAGAUGAGUGUAUUGUAAAGCAUGAUUGUGAACAAAUAUGUAUCAAUGUAAAUGGUUCAUACAACUGUAGAUGUCAUGUAGGCUACUUGUUGAAAGAUGACAGGAGGACUUGUGAGAAAUCCAAAGAUCCAUGUGCUGGAAGUAGAAACAAUGUAACAUACGACACCUGUGUAAGUCAAGGUGCUUACGGUUGCCGUAGUAAUAGUACUGAUGGUGAAUGCUUCUGUCAAAAUGGAUUCAAACUUUCAUCUAGUGGAAGAUGUGAAAGUAUCAAUGAAUGUGAGCCUAACAAUGGUAUGGGUAGCUGCAGUGAUAAUUGUACAGAUCUGGACAUUAGCUACUCUUGUUCUUGUACAGAGGGGAGACAACUCCUCAAUGAUGGUCUAAAUUGUCAAGCAUGUAAUGAAACUUCAACAUGGGGAAGUAACUGUGAAAAUAAAUGUACAUGUGGUCCCGGGUCUCUGUACUGUGACAGUGUUACAGGAUGUAGAUGUAUGGAAGGAUGGACUGGUACUCGCUGUGGACUGAACAUCAAUGAAUGUGAAAGUGGGGUUACGGUCUGUGCAAAUAAUGAGCGAUGUACUGAUACACCUGGAUCCUUUAUCUGUGUCUGUGAAGCUGGGUACAAGCACAGUACUGUUGAUAACCAAUGUAUUGAUAUUGAUGAAUGUGUAGAACAGCCUGAAUGUAGUCAGCGAUGUGUCAACUCACCAGGAUCAUAUACAUGUGCUUGUCUGAUUGGUUUUGAAUUUGCACCUGGAUCUGCAUCACAGUGUAUCAAUAUAGAUGAAUGUCAACUGAAUUCCAAUGACUGUGAGCAGGGAUGUGUUGACAGUAUUGGAAGCUACACGUGCUUCUGUAAUGAUGGAUUUAAACUUGCAGAUGACCAAAAAAGCUGUAUUAAAGAUAAUGCUACAGAUCCUUGUUUAACCUACAACACAAAUUGCCAGUAUGGUUGCUAUGUGACCAACAAUAAUCCCACAUGUUACUGUGCCCAUGAUUAUAAACUAAAUCCAGUGGAUAAAUCUUCUUGUAUAGCUUUAAACAACAAACUAUGGGUAAAUUUAACACCAGACCUAGAGUAUUUCUCAGCUUAUACCAGACCAUCAUCUCAAGAUUACAAGAAUAUAGUCAGUGAUCUCAGAAAAUCACUUUUGGCACUUUACCAGUCAGCAAAUUUGACCAAUGUAAAAGAUGUCCGAAUCGAAAGUAUUUCGUCUAAUUUCGAGGUUAAACAUGUAGUGUUUUUUGAUGUGAAAAAUAUUACAUUGGUUAUGGAGAUUGAGUUUGCUCAGGUAUUAAAGAAUCUACGAGAAAGCAAUUUUACAGUGGGCCAGGUGAAAACAAAAAUCCAGAAAGAACCAACUAUAGCUUCCUCGGCGAAAGGAUCACCAUCCUAUGUGACCUGUAUGCUGUGUAGUCCAACAGUUUGUAUAUUAACUAAUGAGAAAGAAGAUACUUAUUCCUGUGAAAUACAACCAGAUGUUGGAAAAUUUAUUCCUAUUGAACUUGAAGUGAGGAAGGUGUUUGAUAGUAUUAUGCAAGAUAAAUUGUCACCUAGGUUUGCUCAACUUUCUCGUGCAGUCACAAUGUCUUUAACCACUCUGUUCAGUACAGUACCUGGCUUUGCUGGAAUAGGACCACUGACAUUUAGAAAGGGAAGUUUGAGUAAUCAGGGAAGCACCUAUAUAGAAACUUCGGUGAGGUUCAACACAACAUUUGGUAGUAACCAGAUCUCAGAGGUUGCUCAAAGACUGGUAGACUUAGAUGCAGACGGAUGUUUACAUAUUGAGGAUGAUUGUGUUGAUUUGGUGGGACAAUCAGUUCUUGGGACCAGAAAGGAAAUAGCUGCAUGUAAGGUUUGUUCAGGUAACGAAGACUGCGGAAAAAGUGAGGUUGACGGAUUAUUUAAAUGUAUACCAAAAGAAAAUGUUGUCCCUUCGUCAUCAGAUAGUUCAGAUUUAAUUCUAGGACUAGGUAUUGGUCUUCCACUGUUCCUAAUUAUCUUGUCUAUAUUGAUUAUAAUAUUUGUGUACUGUUUACGACGUAGAAGAGCAAACGAUGGUGAUUCUAGGGAUUCAUAUACUGAUGCGUAUAAUGUAAGACAAGCCUUUGGAUCGUUGAGUUCAGCAUUUAGUGGUAAACAUAGUGAUUUUAGUGAAACUGGUGGAUUGUUUAACCGACAGUAUCGUAAACACUGGGAUAAACCACCUGAGACAGAAGAACCUUCCACUGUGAUAAACUAUUAUAGAGAUCCAGAAAGAAGAGAUCCCUACACACAAAUAUAUCCUCCUUUAAACAGAUCUUUCAUACAGCCCAGUGCUCCACCAGAAGAACCACAAGUGCGGUCAGAUUUCUCCUGGGAUUUCCUUUAUAAUGCAUUACAACCAAAUGCAGAUUUUCGAAUACAGAGACCUCAAGUAAACACAAGACCUGCGGAAGUGUUCCAGGACUCUCAGGCAUAAAGGAAAUGGGGAGGCUUUUUCAUGAAUAGGUGUUCAUUAAAGAUUAUUAUGUGUUCAUUAUUGUGAAGUAGUGUAGAAAAUAUGACCAGUGCUGUUUGAGGAAAUACAUAAGAAAUGUAGUACAAACAUUAAGCCCGAAUUCCUGAGAUAAAGUUUAAAAACAAUGAAAACACAAUGGCUUUGAAUAAAGUCAGCGUUAAUCGAAAAGGACUACAUAUGUAAGGCUUAAGUCUUCAAACAAAGGAAAAAAAUUAAUGUUUUUGAUAAACUUAGAGAAAGAAAAGGUAGUACUUAUUACUAAUCAAAAUGGUAUAAUAAUAAUUGUAAUAUAAACAGUUUAAAUCAACGCUGUAAAGUGAUGGAAACCAGAAUGAUUAAUAAAGACAAGAUGAAAUUAAGCUGAAGCAAAGCAAUUGUCAGCAGGAGUUUGGAAAAGUGUAACAGUUGGUCUGAAAACGGCUUGAGGUUUCAAACAAUGUUAGUAUUGGAAUGGCUCAGGUCAUUUAUGAGUUUAUGUAGGAUUCUGAUGAAAACAAAUAUUAAACUUUUCAUUUUAAUAUGAAAAUAAUAGACUGUUUAAUUUCUGCCACCGAGCAAGAAAAUGUAACAUAUGUAGACAGUGUGUUAUUUUCAUUCCAUCAACAUUAGUGUUCCAUAAAUUGAUUGUCUUUUUUAUUGUAAAGAUUCCGUUAUUGCUUUAGUACAUCAUAAAAAAGCUGAGACUGAAAGUUUGGUUGAGUUAUGAAUUAUUUAUAUAUCAUAGAAUAUUUUCAAAUUAACCUUGCAAAAUAGAAAUGUUGUUUUUUUAUUAUAAAACUGGUAUCAUAUAAUUAUUAAAGGAUAACAUAUUGUUAAGUAAAGUUUAUAAGAAUUUUUACCCUUUUUUGAGAACAGUUAUUUAUAUUUGACAUUUUAUUUUAUUAUGUUGAAUGGUUUGUUAUUAAAAUAUGUACUGAUAAUAUGCUAUUUGACACUCAAUCAUAAGCUUAAUAUAAGAGUAUGGCAAUGUGUCAAACUCCUGUUCUGAAAUUAUUAAUUCUUUUUAAUGAGGUGAUACCAUAUUCAUAAAUUAUUUUCCAUGAAAUCUGAAUCAUACUUUACUAUAUGAUAACAUGUUGGUAAUUCUAAUAAAAAGUUCUAUUU